AUGGCCCCUAUAGCUACAGCAUAUAUCAACGACUCCAUGCUCAAUACACCUGUCAAUCCUUUUUCUUCCUCUAUUAAAGCCCCUUCUCCUCCUUGCUCGAUCACCGACUUCAUUAGUUACCAAGUAGAACAAAACCCUGAUGCUUUUGCGGUGCAUGUGGAAAACGAGACCCCAUACACAUAUGGCGCGCUAUGGCAACUUGUUCAGCAAAUCGCGUCCACAGCGCCUUUUGCUUCGGGCGACAUUGUCCCAGUUUGCAUGGACCUCACAGUCGAAUUUGUGGCCUCAUUAUUGGCCAUCAUGGUCACCGGGGCUGCAUAUGUGGUGCUCGACCCCAAUGGCUCUACUGAGCGCAACCGAGUCAUCGUUGAAGACUGUAAUGCAAGAGUCGUCAUUGUUCAUGAAAAAUAUAAAUCGAACUUCUUGCAGGCUCUGCCGAUAGAAAGAAUCAUAUCCAAUGACGUGACUGAACCAUCUCAGAGUCUGCUCUUACAACGAUCCGUUGGUAGUCAAUCAGAUCUUGCAUACCUGGUCUACACUUCUGGUUCCACUGGAACUCCCAAAGGAGUACUUAUAAGCCAUCGUGCUGCGUCACAUGGAAUCAAGCACUUUGACCUGAACGGCCACCGGCGCUGGUUGCUCUUCUACAGCCCUGUUUUUUCCGCCGCGCAGCGAACCAUCCUUGCGACACUAGCUAAGGGUGCUUGUCUGUGCCUUGCUGACCGGAGUCGUUUGGCAACAGCUCUACCGGAGGUUUUGAUUAACCUCCAAAUUGAUGCCUUGGGGAUCACACCGUCGGCCCUAUCAUUACUGUCCCCAGAUAGCGUGCCACGCUGUCUCAAGCAGAUAACCACUGUCGGCGAGCCCUUGAGCCAGGGCCUUGUGAACCUGUGGGCGGAUAAGGUCAAACUUCGGGUUUCAUAUGGUCUGAGUGAAUGUGCCCAGUUGAACUUUUCCCGCCAGCUACAUUCUGGUGAUGACCCUCGAAACCCUGGACAACCAAUGGACACCACUACGGCGAUCAUCUGCGAGCCUGGAACCACUGGACAGCUACCUGUGGGUGAAGCGGGAGAGCUUUGCCUUUCCGGACCUCAAGUCGCCAAUGGUUACCGCAAUCGCCCAAAGGAGACAACAGCUACCUUUGUCAAGCAUCCAUCAGGGUCGGAAAUUUUCGUUCGAACUGGGGAUUUAGCCAUUCGUCUACCAGAUAAUAAUUUCAACAUUAUAGGCCGUAUCGACCACCAGAUCAAAAUUCAUGGUCAGCGGGUCKAACCUGGCGAGGUAGCAAGCAAGCUUUACAUUGAGGAUUGGGUAGCGGAGAUUAUUUGUUUUGGUGCGCAUAUCAACGAGAAGAUGUCUCUAGUUGCUGCCAUAAUUCCGCGACCGAAGACGAAAUGGAGUAACCUAGUGAAACGUCUCCGGGAUCAAGCACGGCAAUCCUUCCCACCAUAUAUGAUACCCAAUUUUUGGCUUCAAUGCCAAUAUUUUCCACUGAGUCAUAAUGAAAAAGUGGACAUCAAAGCCAUCCAAAAUAUAGCAGAGUUAGCAGAUGUUCAGAGCCUGCUUGGCCGGGAUGCGAUCCUCGAGGGAAGAGAUCACAUGUUUAGUGAGAUCGGACGCGAAAUCGUUAAGAUAUGGGCAGAUGUCCUCCAUCUCCCCAAAUCAUCUAUUCUGCCCUCGGAUUCCUUCGUCGGUCUAGGUGGGACUUCAAUUGAAGCAAUAAAAACACUUCGGGAGCUGCGCACUCGGGGUUUUCAUAUAGAGCUGGCGGAUCUGCUGCAGUCUUGGAGCGUGGGAGAUAUUGCCGAAGCAGUCGAAGUCAAUGGUAACAAUACAGCGCACCAUGACUCAAAGACUCUGGAGCCAUUCUCCCUCUUAUCAGAUCAAGGUAUCAAGUUAGAGCUUAUGGCAGAUCGUGAAGUGGUUGAUGCAUUCCCACUCACAGGCCUGCAGGAAGGCGUCCUUGCCAGCACGCUUCAAGGAAGUAAAGAUUAUCUGUACCAAAGAGUCUUUGAUGUCAGGCAUCUCGAUCUUAUCAGGCUCCAGCUUGCAUUCCAAGUGGCUUUUUGUCUCAGCGACACUUUUCGAUCGACCUUCAUUACAACCAGCAAUGGCUUUGCACAAGUUGUGCGCUCGAACUUAUCGCUCCCCUGGAGAACAGAAUCAACAUCUCUUUCAGAUUACCUUGAGGCCGACAAGAGCAUGGGUGUCACCCUCGGAGAACCAUUUAUGAGAGUUGCACUUUUAAACGAAGCUAUUCUUGUUGUCUCUGUCCAUCAUGCACUGUUUGACUACUCCUCCCAUGGCUUUCUGUUCGACGAUGUUGCUCGACUAUACUAUGGGCAAGCCCCCAUUCCACGUGUAUCUUGGAGGUCAUUUAUAGGAUAUCUGCACAACCAGUCUCAGACGCAAUUGGAUGAAUUCUGGAAAAAGCACCUGGCCGAGGCUGUGCCUACCAUUCUAAAUGCUUAUCCGAUUCAACGGACAAAUUCUGUAACGAAAACGCUCCGUCUGAACCUUAAAUCGGCUUCAGGAUUUCUACAUACCCCUGCGAGUGCAAUUAUCUACACUGCAUGGGCACUAGUCCUUUCUUCACAUACAGCAUCAAAGUCAGUCACGAUGGCAACGGCGGUAUCAGGGCGGGAUAUACCAGUACCUGGAAUCGAAAGACUUGAUGGGCCUACUCUUGCUGUGGUACCACAAGCUGUGGUAAUCGACCCAAAACAAUCUUUGGCAGAGCUGACACAACAUGUCAACAAAAACCUUUGGGAAAUUGCCAAGCAUUCGCAGCACGGUAUCCGGAGAGCUCUAUCCGCCGCCGGCCGCCAGGGUGGCUCUCCCCUGUUUGAUACUAUGGUCAAUAUUCUCGUUCGAGAAACGGAAAGGGAUGAAGUCGCCAGAGAGGUUUUUCAGGCAGUGGACAAGCAGCCGGCCUGGAAAACCGAAUAUACCACUUUGAAUGUUCAUAUGGGAGACGAUGAUAUCGAAAUAAUCCUCACAGGUGCUAUAGAACAUCGUCGACUAGGGUUCAUUAUGAAUCAAUUCUGCUGUGGCAUUGAGACGAUCGUCCAGAAUCCGCGAGUGAAUAUUGAAUCUGUCAGUCUGAUGAGGCCAGAGGAGUUGGAAUUCCUGCUCGACCGGAAAGAAGAACCACAUUCUACCACGACCCUCCACGGUGAAUUCGAGUUCAUUGCAGAGAAGUUUUCAACUAAUGUCGCUCUCAAUUAUCAGAAUGAGCAAGUUCUCCACUACGCUGAGCUAGAUGAGGCAACUAACCGAAUGGGCAACUAUCUCUCUGAGCGUGGUGUUACUGCGGGUGAUAUCGUUCCUGUCCUUCUCAAGAAAUCACCCUUAUUGAUAAUUACAAUCUUGGCAAUACUGAAAAUCGGUGCUGCUUAUGUGCCUCUCAGUCCUGAAAACCCUGUCGAACGAAAUACUUUUAUGGUUCAAGACGUGCGAGCAACGUGUAUUGUGACAGAGACGGAACACGCUUCGUUCUUCGAUUCCAAUGCCAAAAGUAUUCCCCUCAUCUUGGUCGAUACUCCUAAGUUGUGUAACUAUUCAAGUGACAAACCCAGAGUCGACGUCUCACCCGCUGAUUUGGCGUAUAUUAUCUAUACAUCUGGCAGUACUGGUCAUCCGAAGGGCGUUAUGGUCAGCCAUAGGUCCUGCGUAGCUGCCAUGCGAUCCAUUAUUGAUUUUGAGAAAAGGCAGAAUAGGCAAACCAAGCAUCUCCAAUUCUCCAAUUUUAUUUUCGAUGCAUCUGUGUAUGACAUAUUUGCGACAUUACAUAGUGGGGGAACUUUGUGCAUUGCCUCCACGGAGCGUCUUCUUAGUGAUCUCACGGGGGUCAUCAAUCAAAUGAGCGUCGACCAUGUCUUUAUGACUCCCACUGUAGCCCGGCUACUGGAUCCCCGAACUGUCCCUACGCUCAAGUCCAUGGUAGUUGGAGGSGAGCCAUUGACCCCGGACGUUGUGGCAACCUGGGCUUCGAGGAUCACCCUGAUUAAUGCCUAUGGGCCCACUGAGACAGCAGUGAUGGUAAGCAUGAAGCAUGUCACCAGCAACAUGAGUACAGGAAAUAUCGGAACGUCUUUUCCGUCAGUUGGCGCGGUGUUACUCGAACGGGAUGGGGUCCGACCGGUGCCAUAUGGAGCAGUAGGAGAAUUGUGCUUCUGGGGUCCUCAGCUAUCGUCCGGCUACCUCAACAGGCCUGAGGUGACCGCUGCAGCCUUCGUCGAAAGCGAUAUUUGUGGCGGUAAACGAUUGUACCGUAGUGGUGACCUCGGAAGGUACAUUUCUGGCGGUGAUAUCGAAUAUCUUGGCCGCAAAGAUGACCAAGUCAAGAUCAACGGGCAUCGGAUCGAAUUGGGAGAAAUUGAACAGACAAUCCUUCGAACUGGCGUCGUACGAGAAUGUGUUGUCACCGUGUGGAAGAAGAACAACACAGCCCAUCUCGUUGCAAUAGUGGUUUUCAAUCACGGGGAACAGAAUUCCGUCGAAAAUGAGAGACAUUUCCUACCCAUGGACAUGUUCACCGAGAAAAUACAAAGGCUGAAGACCAAUCUCGGCGGGKUAGCUUUCUACAUGUACCCUAAGUUUAUCCUUUCCCUUCCUUCCUUCCCUCGGCUACCUUCAGGUAAAGUGAACCGCAAGGAGCUCAAGGCGCGAGUUGGAUCACUGAGCCAGGUUGACCUGACUCAAUACUCCUUUGAAAUUGUCGGCAAAUCACAGUAUACAGACAUCGUCCCUGUGGUGUCGGAGGAACAGAAGACUCUUCAUCGAGCAUGGAUCGAGGUUCUCGGCUUGCACAAUGAUCAGUUUGGCCUAGAGGCCAAUUUCCUCGGUCUGGGCGGCGACUCUAUCUUUGCCAUUAACCUAGUCAGCUGGCUUCGGCGGAAAGGGCUCAGCAUUACGGUUAGAGACGUACUCCGGUACCCCAUUUUCGAGUCGAUGGCGGAGCAGCUCCAUCGCCAUGGUGACAACGAAGCAGCAGCAGCACCACGACCUCUCGUCUUUUCGCCACCAGCAGAGUUUGAUUCCAUCCUCUCCUCUAACGGUCUUGGGCCCACUGAUUAUGAAUAUAUCUACCCCUGUCCCCCUGGUCAAGCCGAGUUCCUAUCACAGGGAGCUCGAUUGGAACGUUUCUGGUGCUUGAUGACGGUACGAUCACUUGGUCAGAGCAGCGAUCCGAGUAAAUGGCUUGAGCUUGUCAAGAAAUUGACGGAGACCAAUGAGAUCCUCCGUACCACCUUCCUCAAGCACGGCGAAAAAUGGUACGGAGUCGUCUUGCCUGAUCCUACCCCGAUUGUAGAAUUCUAUGACAUCAGGACCUCCUCGGAGCGGAAGAAGAUCCUAGACACAAUCUGGAGCGAGAAGUUUGUCUUUGGAAAGCCCUUCAUUCGCUACGCUAUCCUUCGCCUCGAAGAUGGAGAGCACCAAGUCGUCAGCAAAUUAGAUCACGGCCUCUAUGACGGCACCCUUCUCCGUAUCUUCGAUGCGCAUCUUCAGAAAUACCAGCGUGGUGAAUCCCUGGAUAGAUUUACUUCAUUCAGAAAUUUUGCUUUCCACGUCUGGAAAAUCAACCAAGAACGACCAAACGUGGCCUUCUGGCAGCAACCAGACAAGCAACCGAUUCAGUUUCAAUUAAAAUGCCGCCAGGAUUCCAGUCAGCUACCGUCGCCCGGGCCUAGCAUUGACGCGUUCGCAGUCCAUGUAAUCGAGCACGAUCAUUUAGAAAGCUUUAGUCGCUCCAGCGGCGUCACGAUCUCCAUCCUCUUCCAGGCCAUAUUCCAGAUCUGGCUCAGCUACCGCAGUACCCAGCGAGAUGUAGCAUUUGAUUAUCUCUACACGGGCCGCAACGUUGAUCUCCCUGACCCGCAGAACAUCAAUGGGACCUGUGCCAAUUUCCUUCCAAUGCGCUCGCAAGUGGACAUGCAAAUGACCGUCAAACAAUUUCUCCAGCAAACUCAGGACGACUUCUGGCAGUAUACAGAAAACAGCACUGUUUCGAUCGAUGACAUCUAUAGAAGCUGUGGCGAUGGGCUUUCCCGCGACGAUUCUGCGAACCAGGCCAUGUUUCUCUUCCAGCCUUUCGAGCCUGCAGCGUCAUCGCCAUCUUCGGGGAGGGUGGUAGGAGAGGAGCUUCAACACUGGCUGGUGAUGGCGAAGUCAGAAAUCACCAUGCCACAGCCGUACGCGGUUGUGUUUGAGGUGAUCCGGACUGGUUAUGCGGAUAGGUACAAGUUGAAGUUUGCGUAUGACAGUUCAUUCUGGACGAAGGAGGAGGUUGAGAAGGAAUUGAUGAUUGUUGAGAAAAUGGUUGUGCAUGCCGUGCAGGAGGCUGAUACUUUGGUUGGCGAUGUCUUGCGCGAUUUAUAA